CACACACACACACACACACACACACACACACACACACCGCUCCACAACUGGCAGAAAAAAAGAAAAACCUCAGACAUGGAUGACCCACUCACAAAAUGGCUCCACUUACACAGUAACAUCAACAACACGGCUGGAACGGACGUAGUGGACUCGAGCGAGGAGUGACGAUAUAAAAAUGAUGGAAAAACGGCAGCCGGAGCUUCGUCCUGGAAGUCCUGAUGAGUCCGGUCCUGGAAAGCGGGAGGACUCCUCCAUCAUCUCCAGACUGAACGGAUGCAAGGAGGAAGAGGAGCCGAUGAGGGAGGAGGGGGAGAAGGAGAGGGGAGGGAGCUUCAAGGGGGUUGAGGAGACGGAUGACGUUCCUCUGCAGAACUCGAGCAACGGGACCAGCAUCAGCAUCAUCAUCAACGGCGUUGCCAAGGAAACUGCCUCUCACAACGCCCUUGACCUGAAAAGGGAAGUGCCGGUGAUCGAGCUCUCCAGGAGGGACGCUAUAAAAGCGCUGGAGCAGAGGACUGAAAGCCAUUUGGUGCCGAUCACGGAACUUCGCAGACCUCCACCGCUGCCGCUGCCGCUGCCGCAACGAGACGACGCUCGAAUGGUCCAACUGAGCCCUAACGCGUUUCCUGUCCCGGCCCGGGCGAUGCUCUACAACCUGGCGCAGCCUCUCGCCGCCAUCAACAGUCUUGGAGGGGAGACGGAGCAGUACAGCAUGUACCCCAGCAACAGGGUAAAGCGCCGCCCGGCGCCUUAUGAGGUUGAACUCGAUGAGGCUGGCCAGCCAAAGAUUGUACGUCGUAUCUUCACUAACAGUCGUGAACGUUGGCGGCAGCAGAACGUUAACGGGGCAUUUGCAGAGCUGCGCAAACUCAUCCCCACUCACCCCCCAGACAAGAAGCUGAGCAAGAAUGAGAUCCUGCGGCUUGCUAUGAAGUACAUCAGCUUCCUCUCCAACCUCCUGGAGGACCAGGACGGAGGAAGGAAUGUUGGCAGCACAACUGAUGGGGAAACAGGGCUGCUGGUUGGGGUCGGGGCCCACGAGGGGGGCCCUCAGGGUGUUCCACAUCAGGACACAGUGGUGGGCUUGGCCAGGGACGAUCUUCUGGAGACAAUGUCACCAGGCUCCAGUUGUGGAAGCCUGCCUGAUGGCGAUGCCGAGGGCAGUCCUGAGAGCUUUAUGGACGACCAGGACUCGCCUCCAGCUCCAAGGACUCUAACGGCUUCACGUGGGCCUGCGCUGCAUCUAGCUGCUAGAGAUCUGAGGCGCAAUGGCCAUCCUAUAGAUGGCUCCAGUCACCGAUGAUGCUGAUGGCACAGCACCUGAGACUGAAACAAGAGGGACUAAGAAAGAGGUGGAUAUGCUCAGGACCCGUUGGCUUUGAGUCGUCAGUGUAGGAAAGAGAAUCAAGCUCCACGCAGUGAGAUAGUGCAGUACGUUCCUGCCUCCACACUACCCGAGGCAGCACUGAUGAAUAGCUUGUUUUGAUUUGGUGGUUCAAUUUGAUCGAACAAAAGACUUAUAAAUUCUGCAUGUCAUAUGUCUUUGACUGACCUGCUGAUUAUAACUUUCUGUGUUUUGAAAGUCCAAAGACAGAAUAUUCUAAAAGAAAAGAAAAAAAGAAAGAAGAAGCAAACGAAACAAAAGAUAAAUUAAGAGACAUUUAGCAAAGAUUUUUGAUAUGUAAUAUUGAAGUUUGGACUAAUGCUUCACUAAUGAUCCUAUUGAUUACAAAAUAGUGCGGCCAACAAUAGAUCUGACGUGCCUGCAGAGUGCAGGUAAAUGGCUCUUAAACAUCAAUGAAUAAACCCCGGAGUUGUAUUCCCAACAAAUUAAAUGUGUUAGAAUAAUGACACAAAAGUAAGUUUGCCUCAGUUGGAGGCUGUAAAUGAACCGACUGGACUCUAUUGUACCCAUGCAGUUACGUAUGUAUUGUAAAUAGCAUUAUAUUCCCACUGCACAAUGUAACAACAGUGACUCGAGUUCAAGUCAUGUGGUUUAAGAUGUACUGUAGUGUGUUUGUCAAUGGGUUUACUAGCAAAAUGGUCUUUUGGGACACAUGAAGCACGGAAAGAGGAGAAGAGACGAGAUGAACUCAAAAUGUAAAGCAAACAACUGAACGAAGUACAUCAAAUGUGGUACCAUUUACUUCUGUUACACUUUGGUGAAGAGAAAAUGACACCAAAUACGGCGACAGACAGUUAAACAUUUUCACUGCCGGGAAUGAAUAUAUCUAUUUGAAUUUGCGAAGGUACAAGACAUGCAGUGUUUCUUAAAGUGUACAAAAUAUGAGUCAUAGGAUAUCAUGGAACGACUCAUGCAGUCCUUUUGAUAUGAAUGUUUCAGUGUUUUUUGUUUAAAAAAAAAACUGUAAUGCAGUUGUAGUUUAGUAAGGUACACAAAUAAAUCCCUUCAUUGCCGCAUUUCACAUAUAUGCAUACAGUCACAUGCACACACACACACACACACACACACACACACACACACACACACACACACACACACACACACACACACACACACACACACACACACACACAGUGUUAAUAUCAUAACAACACCAGCAGUUUUUUGAUUAAUACAGUUAGGUAUUGCUCACUGUUGUUGAUUAUUCUGCUUUUUCAGCAGGCCCUAGUAGCCUAUAUUGGUACCUUUGGUAACUAUGGUAUUUUAUGAAUUGCAGUAAAGGGACAUUGUAUGUUUGGUAAUGACAUAUUUGUUGUAUGAUAGCUGUAUCUAUAAAUAUAUCCAAUGUUAAAUUGCUGAAUUUUAUAUAAAACCCCUGAAUAAAACACACAGAGGAAAAGCCUUGUAUUUGAUCUCA